GUAAAUUCAUGAUUUUCAGUAGUAAAUGAUAUACCGAAGGCUUCCGGAGCAACCAUGACGUACGAUGAGCGAAAGCUGAUAAGGAAGAAAACCAAGUACGCCAACGAAGAUAACUAUCUGUCCCUGGCGGAAACAUGCGAGCGACUGGGGGAACUGUACAAGGAGCGCGAGGAACAUCAGCGGGCCCUGAACGAGUACAAGCUUGCGGCCAAAGCGUACGAGAAGCUGAACCGGCGUAUGGAACGCGGCCUCGCGUUCCGUAUGAUCGGCGAAAUGUACCUCAUGCUGGGCCAGUUCAAAGAGGCACUCCAGAACGUCCAAGCUUACAUGCGAGCGGCCCAGAACGAAGGAAAUCGAAUGGAAAUGCAACGGGCACACGUCACGAUCGGACGGGUACAUCUGCACCGUGCCGAGUGUCAAUCAUCUGCCGAUGCCGAAGCGGAUCUGAUUGAGGCGGAGAAAGCGUUCCAUAAAGGGCUGGAGAUGUGCAAAGAUUUGCAAGGGAGUACGCGGAAGCACGAUCUCAUGGAAAUGGAGGCAGGAAUCUACCUAAACCUCGGUGUAACACUCGAUCGUCGAGGAAAACCGGAAACAGCCCAACAGCACAUGGAGCGUGCAAUAAGAUUGGCCCGAGAUGCGGAUCUUUUCGAGCUGCUGCACACAUGCUAUAGCACGAUGGCCCUAUCGACGUCGCGCUGGGAGCGCAAAGAAGGUUCCGGGGGUCCGAACUGUGGUAAAACGUUGCGCCUGCUCAAUCAAGCCCUGGAGGUGGCAUCGAGAUUGCAGAACCGUGCCUCAAAGAUGUGCCAAACGCUGCUGCUGAAAGGUGAAUUCUUUAUCCGAAUGGGUGACUUCCAGAGUGCGCGACAAACGCUGAAGAAAGCCUACCGAUUAAAGACGCCCGUGUCUACGGAUGCAAAGGUGAUUGAAACACAGCUCAAGGUGCUGGUAGCGAUGUGUCGUACCGAAGACGAUCUCAUUACAACCGACGCGACUGAUUACGCACGCAGGAAGACACUGUACGAGCGUAUGGGUGAUGGAUCGUGCAAGCUGCGUAAUUUUGCCAAAGCCAUCGGGUACUACACCCGGAUGCUGGAGUGUGCUGAGGCAGCUGGAGAGGUCAAUCGGCAGCUGAUACCCUGCUACGUUAGUCUGUACCAAACGUACACCGACAAUCGGCAGUACGAGGAAGCACUUGACUUCCUGUGGAAAGAGUACGCCAUCAUUUCCGACGAGCCCAAGGAAGCGUAUCACACGCUUCUGCAAAUUGCGAAACUGUACGAGAGGCAGAAAAGUCGUUCCUUCUUCGAGACUUCCGACAUUUACCGGAAAGCACAAUUGGAAGCGCGAAAGCUUGGUUCGAUUGAGCUGGAAAAGGUACCGAUACAGCGGGCAGUCAAACUGCUCCGUGCCAACUGCAUGGAACUGAUGGCGGAAGAUCUGGAGCGGGAGGCUGUAACAGCAGGCAUUGAUCUAGGCACCGGGCCCGAACUGGACAGUGAAGAACUUCCAGAUUCCGAGGGUGAUCUACUGGCCGGUCCGGUUGGUAUUAUUGAUGAAGAGCUUCAAGAGAAUGAUCAUGAUACGCCCAACAUCGGCGACGAUGUGCAGCUAGAUGUCGAUCUCUCCGAUGACGCCGACAGCGAUGGACAAUCUGCGAAUAAGUCGGCGUCGGUAUCCAUCAACGACCUCGAUAGCACAGCAGCUGGAACGACUCCUGGUUCCAGAACACGCAAACGUGGCACAACAUUCGCAGUGCGGCGCAACAAUAAGGGCGAAACGCAGCUUCACCAAGCGGCCAUCUCGGGAAACAAGGCGUUGGCCGAACGAUUGAUCAUCCAAGGGCAUCCGGUGAAUGUGCGCGAUCAUGCUGGUUGGUUACCAUUGCAUGAAGCUUGCAUUCAUGGGCACACCGAAAUCGUUGAACUGCUACUAGACCGCGGAGCACAUCUGAAUGAUAAAGGAGGAACCAGCUGUGAUGGUAUAACUCCACUGUACGAUGCCUGCAGUAAUGGUCGUUUGGAUGUUGUCGAGCUGCUGCUGGAACGUGGUGCCAAUGCAACGCACCGUACCGACUUUGGUGAUACGGCUCUAAACGUUCUCGACAAGUGGUACAGCGAACGGAAACCCGGAUCACUUUCAUCGGAACAGUGUGCUCAAUAUUCGCGGAUACGUGAACUCUUGGUGACCAAGUUUGAUGCUGCAGCCAUCCAAACCUCACCUCCACCUACGGUAGAUGAUUCGGGCAGGUCAAAGUCUAGCAGAAAAGCUCCUCGAGGAAUGUCACAAGCAACGCCCGACGCUUCACCGCAAAGCCUUUCACUACGACGCUCCGGAACAGCAUCGUCUGGAUAUGGCAGUGCACAAUCUGUACCUUCCAAGCAUCGUAACACGCUGCCGGAUCAAGACAGCUCCGAGAGCUCGGAUGAAUCGCAACACAGUGAAAAGGAUGAAGAUGGCGCAGUGGAGCGUAAACGAUCCGGCGUCAAAGAGUAUCGUAGUGCAAUGCAAGCAUUGCGUAAAACUUCAAAUGGAACGGUUACUGAACUACCUUCAAAGUCUCGCUUAUCUCUUUCCGCUCAAAAGAAGCGCCUAGCGCACAUGACAAUGGAGGAAGUAGAUGCCGAUGACUGGCUAAUCGAUGAUUUGCAGCAAUCGGCCAAACGAAGCCGUGUCAGUCGCAAUCUACACAACUCGUUACUGGAUGGACAGCAGCUAAGACGCUCCUCUUCCUAUUCCAGUCCAAAACCUGUGCGCAAAGAGCGACUGCUUGAUGACGAUCCAGCCUCCGUCACGGCAAACCACUCUCGUAUGGACGCGUUAGUCGAUUCGGAAGAUUCGGAGGAUGAUCUAGUGGAUAGUGGAUGCGAAAGAGAGGCACGGCAAAGCGUUACAGCGAAGGAUACCACCGGAGACAGUGCCUUCAGUGUGCUAAUGAAUAAUUCAUCGAAGAGCUUUCGAAGGAUAAAGCAACGUCGUGGUUCGGCUGAAUUGCGUUCGUCCCUAAGUCGGAGAUACUCUUCCGGACAGGUAUCGCUUGUUGAUGCCGGCUUUCAACGCGUAGCAAGCCCCACUGUAGAGGAGAAAGAAAAUCAUGCUCCUCCAGCUACGAUGGAGCUGGCAUCACCAGCAAAGCGUUCGUUGAGCCCCAGAUCUCAGACGAUGGUUGCAAGUAGCGAGCCGAUUCCACCGACACGUACUGUACAUGUCACGCUGGACAACGGUGUAACUAUUGCUGUUAAUCUCGAGGGUCGAACCACACUUGCCACGCUCACAAUUGGGUGGUUCUGUAAUGAAGUUAUCAAAUCUUACAUGAUAUUACACGGCAAACGGCCAGUCAUUAAGCUGCGACCAGUGGAAAAUGGUGCGACCCUUCGUUCCUUUACCGAGACGGAACCAUUAACUGCCCUUAUUGGAAGCAGUUCUUCCGACAGAUCGAUUGUUUUCGCGCAAAUAGUGGACUGGGAGCGGAUCAAUCUCGAUCAGUUCUAUGAUGAUUACGUACUGGAACAUAAUCUAGCUAACGAUAACGAUUUGCGAAAAGAGCUGUUGAUGAUGGAUCGCAACGAGAAGAUUGCCUUGGAAGUGAAUUUUGCACGAAACGUUCCAUCGAUACCACUCGCUCCGGCACACGUGCUUUCCAUGGUUUUUUCAGUCAUUUUCUUCCAGCAGGAUUGGUUAAACCAUUUGGAUCUCUCGUUAAAUGGUAUCACCGAUCAGGAUAUGGCCAAAUUAGUACGCUACCUGCCAUCCUUUCAGCAUUUGCGUGUCCUUCGGUUAGCGAUGAAUCUGCUGACUAGCCGAACACUUGAGAUGCUGUGUUUCAGUAGAAAGGAGCAAACAUCACAUAUGGCCACAAUGGACACGUUCAACAAUGUUCAACCAGCGUUAGGAGCGGGCCAGUUAACGGAACUUGAUCUUAGCCACAAUCCUCUCCAUGACACGGCACUCGUACCACUCGGGACUUUGUGCAAUGCUUUGCCGAACCUUCGCAUCCUACGGAUCCGCUCAACACAAAUAUCCAACUUCAUUCCCUCCGAGCAUCCCUCAAUUAACAUCGCUCGGUUAGUUUCGUUCGAUAUUUCCGAGAACAAACUAAACACUCGAUCGGUCGAGAAUUUGUUGCAGUUGCUGAAUGACGGUCAACUAAAGGAAGCGAAUUUUAACACGAUGGCAGUACUUUGCAAUGACUUCAAGCCCAAGCUAUGGCAAACUAUCACCGAGCAUCGGCUCGAUUCUUUGCGACUGCUUAAUCUUCGAAAUUGUCGUCUAACGGACGAGGAGCUGGAAUCGUGUCUACUACCAGCGUUAGGUCGCAACUGCGAAAAGCUCAUCCAUUUAGAUCUUUCACUGAAUGUACGACUCACGAACCGCUCGUUUGUGGCCCUGCUGCGUCACUGUGCCACUGCUUCGUAUCGCCUGGAACAUGUACGAUUCGAUCACGAUGUGCAACUGUUAGCCAACCUAGACAACUAUAGCACGCGAUUAGAAGAGCUACUGCAACUAAUCGAGCUGAGCUCGAGUGCUCACUAUCCGCAGGAGAUCUACGGUAUACUACCGACGCGCGAUUACUCGGCCGAUCGGCAAAAACUACUUCUCGAGCUACUGGAAGCCCUUUGGCGUCGCAUUUGGUCAACGAAACAAGCAUACAUUACGACGAACGAGAGUGAUCGAUCGAUCAAGCUAUCGGUUGAUUGAAAUUAUAAUGUCUCCCCCGAGUGCCUUAGUAAAUACAGUACAUUUGCUGACCU